AUGUUUAUUUUUUUCCUUGCAGGGGGUUAUCUCUGCUGUUUGAUUCACUUCGGUGUGCUAUUUUUUCCCUGUGUGUGUGUGUGUGGGGGGAGAGGGGGGGGAGGGGCAUCGAACGGCGCCAACUACCGAGUGACCAUAACGCUGGUAUCAUUUUACGGAAUUUUUCUUUUUUCUUUUUUCUUUUUUGUUUAUGUUGGUGUGAUUGAACUUAUUUGGACCUUUAAAAAGAUGGAAAAUGCAAUUUCUCCAUAUGACGUACUUGGCGUUUCGAGUUCCUCCUCGGUUGCGGAAAUUCGUGCGGCAUUUAAGCGACUAGCACUCUGCACUCAUCCCGACAAACGGAAAAACGGCAGUACGAAUGAGGAGGAGUUGGGGGCGAUGCUUGAAGGUUACCCGUUCCAUGUCGUAAAGGAGGCAUCCGAGUUGUUGCUUGAUCCUCUGCGUCGUGCUCAAUAUGACCACGGGCGAGAACAGGCCUACGUGCGGUCUGUCGGCGCGGUGAGCGACACGCAUGAAUUGAGUGAAUUCUUUCUUGCAGAGGAGAAAGUUGUGUACGAUACUACCAUGAAGGAUGGUGGCGUUUUAAGGAUGCGGGUGUACAAGCUGGAAUGUCGUUGCGGCGGUGUGUUCGAGUUGUUCAUCACGGAACGUGAGGUCGGGACGCAAGGAGUGAACAAACGCUGUGAAUGUGACUGCUGCUCCUUAGUAAUUUUGGUCACCGGCGGUCGUGCGUUGUUCAUAUAA